UAUUGUAUAGGUUCUAUCAUAUUCACAAUUUACAAUUAAUUAACAAGUGAAAUCUUUCAUCACUAGUGAAAAUUACGUAAGUGAAUAAAAGUCUUAUCACACUAUCCGAGCAUCGGCAGAUUACGAUUUAAAUCGGAAAAAGUAACACCAUCAGCUAACCAACUUUAUUCAUAAGACAGUAAUUACAAUUAUUAAAAAACAAGAUCUAGGUUAUGCCAUACACUAUGACACUGGAAUAUCCUCCUCAUCAAACUACACAAGCACCUCCUGUUGCUACUGCUCCUGUUCCAUCAAAUUCUAAUCUAUUUGAAUUCCCAUCGCAAUCUUCACCAGUCGCAGCCACACCAUCUUCUGGUGCUGCACCAAAUGGAUCUAAAGACACUACAAAUACUGGGUUCAAUAAUAAUCAGUUGUUUAAUGUGGACCUUUUAACUUCAUCUCCACAACAAUUCAUUAUGCCUUCAAAUAUGAAUAAUGGUUCCAUUAAUAAUGAUGAGAUUUAUAAUCAACCAUUCGCAAUACAUUCUUCUAAUCAAGUCUUUCAACCAACAGUUGACUCACUACAAUUAAAUGAUGAAAUCUUUUUCGAUACUUCUUUAUCCAACAAUUUCACUUUUAAUAAUGGGAAUGGUAAUAUUCAAUUUUAUAAUAAUACAAAUUAUAUUCAUCAAGAUGAAAAUAUUAUACCUACUUCAUCUUCUAAUUCCUUAACUAAUUUUUUCAAUCCUGGUCCACAAUCUCAACAUCAACCUACCACUACUCAUUCAUCUUUUUCAUCAAUAUCUUCUCAAUCACAAGCUAAAAAUGCUACAACACCUACCAUUAAUCAAGUUAGUUCAUUUCAACCCAUUACUACUCCAUCUAUGAAUCCUCCUAUCACAUCAGCAGUAUCAAGUAAUUCUUCGGCAUUUACAAGUCCACAAUUAUCAAGACACCAUUCAACUUCAAUCCCUAUUGAUCAAUUAACUUUAUUGACUUUAAAAAAUUUGACUGAUGUAACAAAUCCUCAAGGUAAUAGUACAAACAAUCCAACACCUUAUCAACAGCAAUUCCAAAUAAAGUUAUCUCAACAACAACAGCAUCAACAACAGCAACAACAACAACAACAGCAACAAUCACAACAAACUUAUAGGCAACAUCCUGCUCAACAGAAUCUUCCAUCACAAUCACAGCAUUCGGCCAAUCAUAUCUCAAAAUCUCCUAGUCCUGAUUAUUACUCAACCAAUUCUAGCAUUUCGAGUGUAUCAACUGGACCAACAUCAGUAGGACUUCCUGUAUCUUCCACCAUAAGUAUCCCAUCUGAAGUUGAAGAAGGUCAUGAAUCAGUAGAAAUCGAAAAGGAAGUUGAAGCUGGAACAAUUAAUCCUCAAAAGCUUUUCACUACAAAUAGCAGAAUCCCCAUGAGUUAUUCAUCCCCAUCUUUAUCGACAUUAUUUCAAAAUGGUGGUAGGGUAACAUCAGUAUUACCAGUACAAAACCAAAAUUUUGUUCCAACUAUGAAUCAAACCAAUAAUAGUAGCAAUAAUAAUAAUGUCAAUAGCAAUCUCAUUAAUAAUGGUAAUGUGACGCAAUAUUUACAACAACAAUUCAAUAAUAACAGCUCCAAUUUUCAGCAGAAUGUUCAACAGAAGUAUAUUAAUCUUUCAAACAUUCCUAAACUUCCUAAUCAAGGAACCAAUAAUAGAGCCAAUUCGGAUGUUGGUUUAAAUGUUAAUGGUAAUUUGAAUAUGUUUGAUUUUAAGAUGAAUGACGAAUGCUACAAUGCUAUUUCAUAUUGGCUAAAUAACAAUAACAACAAUAACAACAAUAGUAAUGGUAAUAGCAAUGUUAUUAAAAAUCCCGAAGUGUUUGAUGAAGAAGAUGAUGAAGAUGAAUCACCUACCAAACUUUCAAUCCCUGCUAAGGGCAAUGGAAAUAGACCUAAGCCAAAGAAAGUUAACAGUGUUAGUUCAAUUAAUAGAAGAAGGAAUUCUAUUCCUGUAAUGUCUGGAAUAGGAGGAUCUUCAUUAAUUGUUAAUGGAACUGGUUCUAUGGCUGGUGCAGGUUCACCAAUUAAAGAGGAUACUAAGAUAGAUUCAAAGAAGAAGAGACGGAAAUCAUCUAAUGCAGCCAAUGAAAUAAUAGGACCAUUAGGAAUUAGUGAGGCCAAUAACUACAAUAAUAAUAUUGAUAACAAUAUUUUACAAGGUCAAACUGUUCCACUUGCAUUUACAAGUAUGGCUUCAAAAUCCAAUGGACAAAUUAUUGAUGAAUCAAUUCAAUUGAACAGUCUCAACUCAACCACUGUAGAACCAAUCAUUAAUGAUAGUUCUCCAAAUAUUUCUCCUACCACUACACUUGAAGAUUCCAAAGCAUCUUCCAACAACAAUAAUAAUCUGAUAAUGCAGCCUAAUGCAUCAGGGGCAUUCCCCUGUCUGGAAUGUGACAAACAAUUUAAAAGAUCAGAACAUUUGAAACGUCACAUUCGUUCAGUUCAUUCAAACAUUCGUCCAUUCCAUUGUAAAUUCUGUGAGAAGAAAUUCUCAAGAUCUGAUAAUUUGGCUCAACAUUUAAAAACUCAUUAUAGGGUUGAUAGUACGACAGGAAAUACAAAUAUUGUUUAUGGAAAUAAUCCAUCAUCGGCCACAAAUACUAAACCAUUACUGCUGACUAAGAAGAAGUGAAAAGUGAUGAUAUGGUAAGAGUAAGGUAAUCACAUUACUUACUGCUGAACCUUUUUUAUACAAAUUUUUUUUUCGUUCCAAAUUUUUACGUAUUUUCCAUUAUAUUUCGUGUUGGUUUUUCUUAAAAAUUCAUUUACUCAUUUACUUGAUUUCGUACUGUAUUAAAGGUACGAUCAUAGCUGGCCUAUGUGUACUUCAUACAUUCUUAUGUAAAUAUUUUUAUAUUAUACAUAAUCAUUAUUACUAUAUAUUAUAUACUUUAUAUUAUAUAUUAUAUAUAUUAUAUAUUUUUACGUUAUACAUACAUCUUGACUUGUCUAU